CGUAUACUUUGUUUUCGCACGGAGUCCUGUGAGGUUGCACUACAAGCAUGUUGUGAACAUAAGAAAUGUCCAUGCUUUAGUAACGUUAUCUGAUAAUUUGAGCUCAAUUAAUGACAGUCAGACAUGAAACUGGUCGACUGAACUGACCGGAAGAAUCACCGUAAACGGACUUUUAACGGACGUCGCUAUAACGGUUGUUUAUAAUCUGAGGAGGAUUAAAAACUUUGACUUUACCUCCAACUACCAGCCACCAUGAAGAUCAAGCGACAGAAACAAGCCAAGAAAAACAUAAGCUUCUACAAAUACAACUUUAGCUUUAGGGAACCGUUUCAGAUUCUCAUCGACGGGACUUUUUGUCAAGCGGCUUUGAAGAACAAGAUUCAGAUCAAAGAGCAACUGCCGAAGUACCUGAUGGGGGAGGUUCAGCUGUGCACCACCAGCUGCGCACUGAAAGAACUGGACACUCUGAAACAGCUGUAUGGGGCCAAACUCAUCCUGCAGAGGUUCCAGGUGAGGAGAUGUCAACAUUUCAAGGACCCUGUUCCUGCCUCAAAGUGUCUGCUGUCCAUGUUGGAGGAGACAAACCCACACCACUACUUUGUUGCCACACAGGACCACGCGGUGACUACAGGCCUGAAGAAGAUCCCCGGGGUUCCUCUGCUCUACAUCAUCCUCAACACCAUCGUGCUGGACAAGCCCAGCCAGUCGUCCCUCGACCACGUCCAGGCCGUCCAGCUGGGAGAGCUGGUGAGUCCGGCCCAGCAGCAGAGCAUCCGUAGCCUGAAAGAGGAGCAGGGCAUCAGCCAAAAGGACGGAGAGAGACGGGGGAAGAAGAGGAAGAGGAAACAGAGCAACCCUAACCCUCUGAGCUGCCUCAAGAAGAAAAAGAAAGGGGUGCCGACGCCGCCGCUGAAAAAAACUGAGCAGGGGGAGAAGAGGAAAAGGAGCCGGCACAAAAAACGCAAGACGGAGGGAGGAGAUAACAUUUCCGCUCCUCCUCCGCCCACAAAUCCAUAGUGUGGCAGCAAGCAAGAGACUUUUCUUCAUUAUGUGUCAACAUUGCAAUAACAAGCAAAUAUAAAUUGAAGUUGUUCAUGGUUAAUAUAAUACUCGUUGUUUUGUUAUCGCUUCAUAAAAUAAAUCAAGUCUUUAUUACACAGAACACCA